AUGUCUUCUUCAGAAGUAAACCUCGAAACUUAUCUAAUUCCACUGGAGGAGGUCAAUCUUGCAACCAAAAAUUUCAGUCCGGAAAGAUAUAUUGGAGGUGGUGGAUUUGGCAAGGUCUACAAAGGAGAACUUUCUGAAAGAUGGCAAAACCGCACAGCCGCUUUCAAACGCCUAGCUCAGAAUAGCUACCAAGGAGAGCACGAGUUCCGUAAUGAGAUUAGUAUAAUAUCCAGAUUCCACCAUGAAAACAUUGUCUCUUUUAUUGGUUAUUGUGAUGAAGUCAACGAGAUGAUUGUAGUCUAUGAGUAUGCUAUCAAUGGAAGCCUAGAUCAUCAUCUUCAAGACCCCAAUAAGAGGCGCGACAUAACAUGGACACAUCGCCUAAAGAUUUGCAUUGGGGCAGCAAGAGGACUUAAUUACCUUCACUCAGGUCCCAAAAAUCUGCCAAAUACCCACCUCGACACAAAGGUUGCGGGUACCCAGUUUUACUUGGAUCCCACUUACCAUGAAAGUCACAUCCUUCGAAAAGAAUCAGAUACAUACUCAUUUGGUGUAGUACUAUUUGAAAUGCUUAGUGGGAUGCUGGUUUAUAGUGAAAGGAGCAUUGAAGACAAUGGGCCAAAGUUUCUAAUGAAUUUGGUUAGGCGAUAUGAUGACAACCAACUACAUAAGUUAAUUGAUCCCCAUAUGAGAGAUCAGAUUAGUAGUCGUUCUUUGGAUAUGUUUAAAGAAAUUGCAUAUCAGUGCAUUAGUUUCAAUUUAAAGGAACGCCCUGGGAUGGACACAGUCAUUGCGAGAAUUGAAGAAGCAUUGGCCAUUCAAUCUUUAGAAUAUGCUGAGGAGGUUAAAGGUGAAGCACAAGAAAGUUUUAAUGAUGUCAUUGAGAAAACGGACGAGGUCAGAGAGGAACCCACACAUGAGUUCCAUAUUUUGGAUACGCAUGAGGAUUUGGAAUUGGACUCUACUACUAGCACCGAAAGCAAUACCAAAAUGGAAUCAACAACAAUUGAGGGGGAGGCUAUUGCGAUGGGAUUACAGACCAUAAAGAAGGAUGAUUUGGAGGAGAUAAGCCAAUUAGAAUCCGGUAGUACAUAUAGAGUUGUUUAUCAUGGAAUGUGGAAGGGUACGGAUUUUGCAAUUAAGAGAAUUAAAGGCAGUUGCUUUGCUAGGAAGUCAUCAGAAACGGAGCGUAUGAUUAAAGAUUUCUGGAAGGAGGCCUUGGUUUUAAGUUCUUUGCACCACCCAAAUGUUGUUACCUUCUAUGGUAUAGUUCGUGAUGAGCCAGAUGACUCUUUGACAACUAUAACAGAGUACAUGGUUGAUGGAUCUUUAAAGCAAUUUUUAAAGAAAAAAGACAGAACAAUAGAUCAACGUGAAAGACUUAUCAUAGCCAUGGAUACGGCUUCUGGAAUGGAUUAUUUGCAUGGAAAAAAUGUCGUGCAUUUCGACCUAAGGUGUGAGAAUCUUCUUGUAAAUAUGAGAGAUCCACAUAGACCAAUUUGCAAGAUUGGAGAUCUUCGCCUAUCCAAGAUAAAACGACACAAUUUAGUGAAUGGUGAUAAUCGUGGAACCGUGCAAUGGAUGGCACCUGAGCUUCUUAAUAAUGAAAGUCACUUGGUAACAGAAAAGGUUGAUGUUUAUUCGUUUGGGUUUGUCAUGUGGGAAUUGCUUACCGGAGAUGAACCUUACAACAAUAUGCAUCAUAAGUCCAUUAUUGAAGGAAUCAUUAAGAACACAUUACGACCAGCAAUACCAACUUGGUGUGAUGCUGAAUGGAAGUCAUUAAUGGAGAGUUGUUGGUCUUCUGAUCCGCAAGAGAGACUGCCAUUUUCAGAAAUUGCUCAAAAACUAAGAACGAUGGUUGUAGCAAUGAAUGUCAAAUGAUAUUCUAUUCCAUAAAUGAACCCUUCUUCACUUCUUUUAUGCGUGCCAAAGGGUCAUGUUAUUUUUUGAACGAGGAAUAUGUAUUAAUUAAAUGGGAAACUAGCAAUUGCCUUGACUAA